AUGGGCGCCUCUCAGCAGCUCUUUUUGCUGCUGCUCGCCCUGGCGGCAGCGCCCUUCAGGGUGAGCGCCAGGGUCGACAUCGUCCCCGCCCUUCUUGUGCACGAAGAACACCUGCCGCCCAUCGACCGCGAACCAACCUACACCCUCGCCAGCAGCAAGUCCUACUCGAAUUUGAAGGCGGCCGUGCUGGACGGCAAAAACUUUGGCUCGUACAACAUCAAACGUAGUCGGCCGUCGACAACGACAACCACCGAACAACCCUUUGCCAGGAUCAGAAUUAACAACAGUUUCCGCCAGCAAAGGGUCAGCAGCGUAUUUCCCAGUCACACGCAGGUCAUCUACAACCCUGCCAAAGCGGCCAAGUUGAUCGACCUGAGCGGAUCGUCGACAACAACAACAACGUCGACGACAACGACCACUGCUAAUCGGGUGGAGGCGGACGCUGAUCGCAUUUCAAUCACCACUAGAGCGCCGCAAUCAGAUAUAUUUUCAACUGUGACGGCUCCGUCUCUGAUCAAUGAGGCGAUUUUACUCCAGAGCUACACUUUGGACCCGAUUUCCUCCUUCCAAGAUACGAACUUUAUCUCUUCAACCCCAGCCGCCUCCACAUCAACCCCUAGUACAACAUCGACCAGCAGUGUGGCGCCAGCACCCUUGAUUUCAAGCACCCCGAGUGUUUCCAGCACCACCACCGUCCCCUCGACGACUACAAUCGACAUUGUGGAUUUCAUCAGAAACGAACUCAAAUCUAACAAGAAACCUUCGCCGCGGCCUUUCAUCGCGGGGAAAAUCUUUAGAAAGAGAAACAGUGAGAUGAAGCACCUGCCAGAGCAAAUCAUUCCGCUCACCUCUCUUAGGUCCUUCAAGCAAUUGGAGCACUUGGAGAGCUUCGCAGGAUCUUGCAGGAAUACACCUCAGUCCCAAAACUACUCCCACUCAACCAACAUGGUGAAGUUCCAGAUGAUCACCUUCGCCCUUGUGGCUCUUGCCGCAUUUGCCUUCGCCCAGGAGACCAGGGUUAAGCGCGGUUUUGGAGGUGGUGGUGGUUUCGGAGGAGGAUUUGACCACGGCUUUGGUGGCGGAUUCGGAGGCGGAUUUGGCGGAAGCAGCGGUGGUGGUGGACACGGAGGCGGCGGUGGCGGCGGUGGACACGGAGGAGGCGGCGGCGGCGGUGGCUACGGAGGUGGUCACGGAGGCGGCGGCGGCGGCAGCGGAUCUGCCUCUUCGAUCGCCCGCAGUGCCGCCGAUCAGGCGCACGCCUCCAUCGAGAAGCAGAACCUGGCCGCCCAGCAGGCCGCCUAUCAGGCCAAAUCUGCUUUGGCCGCCAACGCCAAGCAGGCCGCCCAGACCGCCCGUGCUGCCCUCGCCGGCAAGCAGGCCAUCGUGAACGCUCUGCACCAGGCUGCCCAGGACGCCCAGGCCCAGAUCGGCGCCGAGAUCGCCCAGCUUGACCAGGCCAACCGCGCCGCCCAGGCCGCCCAAAACGCCGCCCAGCAGGCCAACCAGCAGACUGCUUCCCUCACCGCUGCCCUCAACUCUGCCCAGAACGCCGCCGGUGCUGCCGAGAAGGCCGCCGGUGAGGCCGCUCAGGAGGUCGGCGCCCAGGAGCGCAUGGUCGCCAUGGCCAAGCUGCGUGCCCAGCAGGCCUCGAACCAACUGGCCGCUGCCAUCUCCGACCUGCACCAGACCCAGGCCCAGGCUGACCGCGCCGCCUCUCUGGCCGCCGCCGCUGCCUCCAACGCCGCCAAGCUGGCCGCCCAAAUCGCCGCCGAGGGUGCCGCUGCUGCCGCCGCUGGUGGCCACGGAGGUGGAUCCGGAGGUGGAUCCGGAGGCGGCUAUGGAGGUGGCAGCUCUGGCGGCCACGGAGGCUGGAAGAAGUAAAUCGAUCGCCGCCGAAGCCAAAGGUCGCGACAACUGAUUUCUCACAUCAUCUCGUCUGAAUGUUCCUGCAAACCUGCCAAUUUUAUUUUACUUUCCUGUCGUUCUUUCGAAACUGCUUGUUAAAGAGCACCAGCAGCUUUUACAAUGUUGCGUCAUGUGAUAUCGUAAAGAGCGCGAGACUUCAAUAAAAAUGUUUUUUAAACAUAA